UUAAUUUUGCAUAGUAGGUUAUAUUAAAGUGAGUGAGUGUUAUAUUAAUUUAGUUGCUAGCUAUUGUACAACUCUUGGUACAAAUUAGUCAGAUUUUAAAAAAAUUUUCAACAAUUGCCAUUGUGUAACAAAAAAUAAGCAAAAUGGGUCUGUUAUAUGGCAUUGGUGUUAGGAUAAUGAAUUUUAUGGUAUUUUUCCUGAUCGUCAUUUUGCUUCCGGGUCUGCCACCGCGAACCACUUUCCCUUACAAAGAAUUUCAUGUUGCACCUGCUAAAGAUUUAAAAGGCGCCUUGGAGCCUAAUCUGCUCUUAGAUGGUGGUGAACGGCUUUUAGAAGGGCGUGUCUAUGGACCGGAGUGUCUUAUAGCACGUAAAAACGAAAUUUAUACUGGCAUCCAUGGUGGUGAGGUGAUCAAAUUGACGGCAGACCAUGUAACACACGUUGUAAAAAUUGGGCAACCAUGCGAAGAAAUAUUUGAAGAAUCACGUUGUGGUCGACCUUUGGGACUUGCCUUUGAUACAAAAGGUAAUAAUUUGAUUGUGUCAGACGCAUACUAUGGUAUAUGGGAGGUGAAUCUUAAUACCAACCAAAAGAAAUUGCUGGUGUCGCCUCAGCAAGAGUUACCCGGAAAAGACAUUAAUCGUAAAGCUAAAAUUUUCAACACUGUUGCUGUGGAUCAGAAGGGUGAUAUAUAUUGGACAGAUUCAACUUCAGAUUUCUUACUGCUCGAUUUAGUAUUCAGUUCGCUUGCAAAUCCCUCUGGCCGUCUCUUUAAAUACAAUCGUGCCAACAACGUGAGUACUGUACUACUGGAUGAGUUAUUCUUUGCUAACGGUUUGGCUCUAAGUCCGGAUGAAGAUUUCAUUGUUGUCGCCGAAACUGGAGCGAUGCGUUUGAUGAAGUACUAUUUGAAAGGCGCUAAAGCUGGCCAGAGUGAAGUUUUCGUGGAAGGUUUGCCUGGUCUGCCCGAUAAUUUGACUCCUGAUGCCGAGGGUAUUUGGGUGCCACUCAUAAUGGCUGCCGAUAGUGAACAUCCCACCGCCAUCAAUAUGUUCUCGAGAUUUCCUAGUAUACGAUUAUUCUUUUCACGUCUGCUUAACCUCUUCGAGCUACCGUUCCGUUUAAUUAACAACGCAUUCCCCAAUAAGUUGGCUCAAAAGUUUAUCCAUUUCAUUGGACAUGGUGAGAGUAUAACCUUCUUGGCAGCCAAGCGUGCAACUAUCGUGAGGGUAGAUUGGAAUGGUAAUAUUAUUGGUUCGUUACAUGGAUUCGAUAAGUCUGUCGGUGCUGUUUCUCAUGUCUUGGAAUUCAAUGAUCAUCUCUAUCUUGGUUCACCGUUCAAUCGGUUUCUGGCGCGUGUUAAGUCACCGAGAGCCGGCAAGCAGCCUGAGGUUAAAGUAAAAAAUGUCAGGUAUGAGGGCGUUGGAAUGGAAGCUUCUGUUAAGCCACAAACUACUACUAGUAAGCCAAAGCCUGCCGCUACUAAACCAAUAACUACGACUUCGCUACCAACGACAACAACAACGACCACAACUACACCGCGACCGACUACGACAACGUCACGACCAACUACGACUACACCUAAACCGACAACAACGACUACCACAACAACAACUAGGAAACCUGCAACGACUACGACACCAACAACUACGACACCUAAACCAAAAACUACUACCACACCAAAACCAGCUACAGCGGCUCCUAAGACUACAACUGCUGCACCAAAAGUGAAUCCAACAACCACAACUCCCCGACCUCCCACCACUACUUCUGCACCAAAAAGGGUGCCACCCAAGCAACCCGCACCAAUUAAGGAAGAAAUACCGAAUGACACCAAACCGCCCAAAUUUGACAAACUUAAAGUGAUCACCAAAACUGGCGAACACAUCGAACUUUAAAUCGACUAACAAUCAUUCACUUUAUAUAGCAUCAUUACCUUCCUCUGGCACCAAAGGUGUCGAUCAAGCAUAAUACAAUAACAACACCCACAUUUGCAGGCAUGUAACAUUAGCGCUUACAGGGAUUUGCAUUUAAUGUGAGAAAGGGAAGUAGCAAAAAUCUAGUAAAUAGGUUAUAUCUAACGAUUCAGCGAACUCAAAAGCAAGCGCCCAGCUACGUUAGUCGGUUCUACGCUACCGGAACGUAUCGGUUUUAUAUGCGGCCAAGGAUUGUUACUACGAAAAAUUUUCAAAAAAUUGUUUAAUUGUUUUAGGCUGUUAUAACAACAAACAUAAGUAGCAUGUAAACGAAUACAUUCCAAUUAACAUUCCAACUCAAAUAUGUAACAGCAAAUACGCAGCUGAUAUUUUACCUUUAUUUAUUUAUUCCGCGUAAAUGGAGUAGACAAAGCGCUAUCAAAUGAAAAAUUUAUAAUUAUUCAGUCAACUUCCUUGGCUAAAGAAGUAGUUAUAAGAUCAAAACCAAGUCGGAUCUCUGUAAAAAAAUGUAUUUCUGAAUUAUUGUUCGAACAAAAAUCUGUAAUUGUCUGCAAAAAUGAACUCGUUUCGCUAGUACUAUGUUUGCUUAGUACUUAUUCGCAUUGAUUAUACUAAUUAAGUAUAUUGAGUAUGCAUAUUUGCACAAAAUUAUAAUAGUGAAUUUUAUAAAAUGGAUUACGAAGUCCUUUGCUCCAUUAUGGUCACGGUAAAUAUUCUAUCUAAACUGUCUAAUAAGUUUACGCACUUAUGCUGACUGGCGAUCUAAUGAAAUAAACUUCUUGUACUGAUUUUGAAAUUGAUCAUUUAUUUAGUAAGUGUUUGUCUUAAACUUUUUCUUUUCAUUUUUUACAAUUAUAAUAUAUUUCUUUAAAGUUAAAUAAAGCAUAAAGCGUUUUUCGAUAAACUACCUAA